AUGGUAUGGCCAUCAAGGCAAGAGGCUGCAACAAUGAUAUCUAGAUUCAUGAGUUUACCUGAGCAUCAAAGAAGCAAGAAGAUGAUCACUCAUGAGAAGUUUCUUGAGAGUAUAUUGGUACGAGAGAACAACAAGCUACAAGCAUUGAAGAGAAAGAAUGACCAAAUGGAGAUGAAAGAUAUCUUGCACAAACUCCUAAUUGAGUCCACCUCUGUUAAAUUAGAGAGUGAGAAAUUGACUCAAACAUAUUUUUAUAUGGAAGAUUUGAUCCAAAAGAUUGAAAGCAAAAAAAGUUCUUCCCAAAAUGUCGGUUUUCCUUGA